AUGGCAAAUUUGAUCAAUGUCGGCCACUGCAAGAGAGCUCUUAAAUUAGGGUCAGGGAAGAUCGAGCGGAAGGAGACGUCGACGACCAUCACCUUCGCUUCUCCGGCGGCAUCCGCUCAGUUCGUCGUUGAUGGGGGCAUGAACGGCCUGCGGCGUUGCUACGACGGGAAACGGACUGUGGCUACGGCAACGACGAGACCAAUUGGGCUGUGGCGGCAGCGAGAUGUGGAUGCGAUUGGGCUUGUGGAGGCGGGCGGCACUCUAUGUAUCGAAUGGUCUAGAAUCAUUCUCGUCGGCGUUCUAGUCGAAUAUAUAGGGCACCUCAACGGAGCCUUCGAUGUAGAGAACCAUUGA